CCCAUCACAAGUCACGUUGUGCAUCUGCCCAACUUGUUUUGAGGGAGCUCUUCCUCCAAGACCUCUCUCGAGUGAGUCGCCACAAGUCGCCUUCGACGUAGCAAGAUGGCUUUCAGCGCUACUUCGCUCCGCUGUUCUGUUUGGAUCGUGCUUCUUUUGACGACCUUAGCUCCCUCAAUCAGAACUUUGUCCGCUGCAAGCUGCCCGUCGUUCGCGGGGCCUCAGGCAGCCUGCGGGGCCAAAACCUGCGGCCGUUUCGUGUUUCGUGGAAAGUUUAACGUAUCUUCGUCAAAGAAAUUUCGGCUGCCUGCGGCUCGAAAUGGCCUGAGGCUCGGGAAGGCGGCGCAACCAGGCGACUGUUGCAACAAGUGCCGAGAGCAGGCGAACUGCAGUUACUGGAACUAUUUCGCAGAAAUGGGGUUGUGUUACCUCUACACCGCCGGCCUGUGCAGCAGCGACAAUUCUGCCGAAAUCAAGCGGACUGUCUACACCCCCAAGGAUCCGAUCUCCUAUGUCGGCGGGCGGUGCAACGGCGAUGCUCCCAUGAAGGAGAAACACACGCCAGCAAUUUCAUCCUCGUUACAAGUCUCGCUCCCCGAGCGCUCCUUCUGCCUCUUUUCGGAUCCCGAGCUCCAUAUCAACAUGCGCCUCGGCGGCUACCUCGACCGCCGCACCACGCUCACCAACCCCGCCAACCAGCCCACGCCACGUGUCUGGAUCCGCGAGCUCGGCUUCGUGUGGAGAUCUCCGACGGAAGGCGAUGCGACGAGUGGAAAGAGCGGCAAGGAGGGACCAGUGCACAAUAUGCGGUUCGUUGCUCGUCGCGGGCCGCAGGAGGCGCGAGGGGAGGGCUACCUGGCCGCGCUGGAGGUCGACGGGACGCUCGUUCCACGGCUCAUGCUGGGGGACGAGCUCUCGCUCUUCGACGGCCAGGCCACCGUCACCUUGGACGCGCACGAGAAGUCGGGCCCCGGCGGUGCUGACGUGGACAAGUACAAGAUCCGCAUCGAGGGCCUUCUGGAAGCCGAGGUCCGCGUGCGCGCCGCGCACCCGCUGCUGCAGCGCGACGGCGACGCGAUGGUGCAUCUUAAUCUCGAGCUGGAGCAGGUGCACUAUUCCAUGGACGUGCACGGCGUGCUGGGGCAAACGUACCGCGACGAAGCUAUGGAGGAGGGGAGUAACUUAGAUUACUCGGUGAUAUCAGCUCUGCUACAUGAGACCGCCCGGGCAGAGGAGACAGCAGAAAGCCAGGCAGUGGUUUCAAUUCCGGAGCAGCAGAAAGGAAUUUCCGAAACCCAGCAGACUGAGGGAUUCAGCUCGGUUUGGAGCGGUAAGCUCCAGGGAUCCCCUAGGGAUUACCAGGUGUCGGACAUUCUGCGUGCGGAUUGCAAAUUCGCCGUUUUCGGGAAGGAGCAGCCCGCUCCCGAAGUGCCCGAGGAGCAGUUUUUGGAUUCGGAUCACGCUGACGUGGACGGUGAAGAUGAUGGCAUCAACGGUGGAGAUCGUGAAGCGGAUUUGGAGAGAUUGGGGGGAAUUCUGCGAACAGCUGCUUGAACACCAGAGAGGCAACUAACAGACUAGUUCGCAUAGGGGGGAGGAACACCUGCGAACAGCUGGGUAGCAUAGGGGGCGAAGGCAUAAUUAGGGCACCAACAGUUCAUUGGUGCUCUUCCUGCCGUCUUGCGCAUCCUUUCUUAGAAGCCUGGAAUGGUAGCUAACCAUUAUUGACAGUGGCGAUUUUGCUAUGACACAGGCGUAUCAAUGGAGUGCUAUGAUACAAGCAUCCAAGCUCCUCUGGGGAAUUUCAGCAAGGUUCCCAACGAGCAAAUAUAUGUCAUUCAAGAGAAGACACCAGAAAGCUGGAAUGGGCGCACGCCUGUCAGUCUAAACGCUGCUGGCAUUUGGAGCGUUUCCUGGUCAAAUCCCAACUGUGAAUCAAUUGCCCAAGAUCUGCUAGCUUUCUCAUCAGUGGAGCUUUAUUCCUGCUCUGACAGGGAUGAGCUCUGCAAGUGCAA